AUAUAUAAUUCGCUUUAAUGCCGGUUUUAGGCUGCUCGGUGGUAAAAGGUGAAUGGCCUUAGGGAAAGAAGAAGAAAAACAGGGCAGAAGAAAAAGAGAAAGCGACGUCAAGAUUUGAAUAAAAAUAGUAGAAAAUCCAGAGUCAGUCCAUACCUACUAGAGAGAGAAGGCAAAACGGCAGAGAGGAGGCUUUGUUGAGCGUUGUUUUCUCUCUGUUGGUGGUUUCGGUUGCGCUUUGGAAGAGCUAAGGGAGGUUGAUUAGUGAAUUUAUGUCGGCUGAGUUUGAUUUGGCUUUGAUUGGGGCUCAGUUGCAGCUCUGUUUUUCAUCUUCUACAACAACUGUCUGUGCUCGCUUGUUCAUCACCGCUUUGUUGGCUGUUUCUUGCAUGAUUCUCUGCUUCUAUAGGCAGAGACUGAAUAUCGUGUUCUCGACUGUUUCGAUGCGUUUGAGACCCAAAAAGAGUUGUUCUGGAGUUGAGUGCUUUGGAGGUUUUCACAUAAAACAACGAUUUUUUUAUCUUUUCUUGUUUCUAAGAGGGGCUCAUACUUGAUACAGCUUUCAUAGUUUUCGACUUUGUCACCCUUUUUUGUCAUUUGAUUUUGUUUAAAUAGUUGUCUACAGUUUUUCCGGGUAUUUUGAGGGGGGUUUUAGUUGAGUUUUACCGAGUUUUGCUUCCAAAAAUGUUAGAGCAUCGAAAACAAACCAUGAAUCUGAGUAAGUCCGGCAAAAAGCCUAAAAAACCCGAAUCAACGAUGAGUGAAGAAGAAACCCAAAUGACUAGGAAAGUUCGAGUCAUCUUCCAUGAUCCAUAUGCAACCGAUUCAUCUUCAAGUGAAGAUGAAUCCGAGGGAAGUGCUGCUAGAAAGGCUCCAAGGGGAAGGCGUUUUGUUCGUGAAAUUAGAGUUCCUGUUUUAGGCUUGGCUCCUCAGGUAAAGCCUCUUGAAUCCGAGACAUCUUCACAAGACAGUAACUCUAAAACCCCUACUAGCAGGAAAAGGGUUUUGAGUAAAACCCUUGAAGACAAACCUCUGGUGGCUAAAACCAAAAAACCUGUUGGGGUUCGUCAAAGGAAGUGGGGCAAAUGGGCUGCUGAGAUCAGGCAUCCACUCAAGAAAACCAGGAUUUGGUUGGGAACUUACGAUACCCUUGAAGAAGCAGCCAAGGCUUAUGAAGCUAAGAAGCUCGAGUUUGAGGCUCUCACUGUUGCUGCCGCCGCCUCUGCUUCAUCUGAUAAAACCAACGACCUUUCAUGUUCUGCAGCUGCUUCUCACAACAACACUGUUCCCUCUGCUUCAGAAGAGUCUGAGAGCCUUGUAUCGCAUACUUCACCAUCCUCGAUGCAUGAAUUGGAUACUUCUGCAUCUGUUUCAGUCUCUAAUAACAAUGAUGAUUGCGGUGAUGCCAACAAAGAGGUGUUCGAUGCGAACUUUGCUGAUAUACCGAUACCUGACCUCUGUUUCAUUGAUGAUCCAUUGCUAUCUGGCUCAGUUGGACAAGAGCUGAACAUAGAUGCUGAGGCUGCUGAUUACCUGUUUGUCAACGAUUUUGGUAUGAUGUUGGAGGAUUAUUGCAGCAUUGAGGACCUGAGUAUUUGCGGGAUCGGAGCCGAUGAGCCAAGCGAUCUACCAGAUUGUGAUUUCAGCACUGAUGAUUUUGUUUUCGAUGAAGUAACCCCCCUCAACAUUGCUUGCCCAUAAAUUUUGCAGUUAGGAGAAGUUAAUAUUAUAAAGCGUUAUUAGCUAAGUUUUGGGUCAAAUCAUGAAAGUAGAAAGUGAUCACAGGGACUCUCCAAGACGAGUUGUUAGUGAUGUGCUUUAUUUUUGUGAGUGCAGAGUCUAGUAUGUGUCUUGCUGGUGAGUUGAAAAGGAGAAAUGAGCGGUCUUGAUUCCCUUGGGUUUUCUUGUGCUAUAGAGCCGUCCCAAGGGACUCGUAUAUCUGGAAAGUGUUUUGAUGUUUGGAGCACCAUUGAUACUGUUUUGUUUUGUUUUUUUGGUUUUUUUGCUCAUUCUCACAUGCUUAAGAUACUCUAUAUUUUUUGUUGAUGGAAUGAAGUUUUUAUUUAAUUAAAUUAGAA